AAUUCUCAAACACAUACAUAUGACGACUGAUUUUAUUUCUAGGUUUGGGUGCAGAACAAAGAAAUCAAGAAAAAGUAUUUAUACGUCAGCCCCCCUCUUCUUUCUUUUGUCUUAUCGUCAUAAAAACCCAUUGCCGAAGAAUGAAAUCAGUUAUACCACAAAGAAAACAAAUGUCUAUCUCUUCUAUUACCUGUAAACAAACACAACACCAGCCAAAGCUACAGUGCAACUAUUAUCAGGAUACACAGCCUAUUCGUGCCAUUCGAUCACCACCUACUUCACCGGAGCAUGAGCACUUUAUCAACUCGCCGCCCUCAUCACCACAUUCUUUUGAUUUUUCACCCCCGUCAUCUUUAUCACAUCAUUAUUACCGAGACGAAGAUGAUCAAAGCAUUUCCAAUAGAAAUGGUACAGCUACAUUGCAAGAAAGAAGACAAAGGAAUAAAGCAGCUUCAGCUAAAUAUCGUCAAAAAAAGAACAUCCAACAAAAUGAAAUGAGAGAUAUGAUUAACCAAAUAUCUGAACGUAAUGCCACACUUGAAAGACAGCUCCGGGAAGUCCGACUUGAAAACCAAAAGUUAAGGGCUGAUGCUGAUAGAUUGCGAGGUAAAUGUGUUGCUAAAAAACUAUUACGUCAAUGGAUGGAUCGCCAGAAGCAAGGUUCUUUUGAUACAGUGAGUCACCAUGAUUUGUUGAGUGAUGAUGACUUAGAUAGUUUAUCUUCAGAUAUUUAAUAUAUAUGUAUGUAUUUAUAUGUAUACAUAUAUGAUAUCCCCUCUCUUAAUUACAUUGUACUUCUUUUUUUUUUUUUUACUACUAUCUUACUUUUUGUAAUAAACAAUUUCUUGUCUAUUUUAAGCACUGAGACAACAAAUAUGACGCCAAAAUAA